AUGGCAAGAACAAAGAAAAUUUGCAAGAAUGUUGAAAAAAAAUUUAAAUUUGAUAUUAAAAAAAUUCUGAAAGAGAGGCGCACUGAAGCAAAGCUUUUAAAACAAAGUGCUGAACUUGAUAAAGAAAUGACAGUUAUUGAUGCCUUGUAUCAAGAAAGUGUAAAACAGAUUUUUGGUUUUGAAGAUAGCGAUGAAGUUCCUCUUGAAUUAAUGAAUUCAGAUCAUGUUGACCACUCUAAUUAUAAUAUACCCUUUAAAGAAAAUGCAGAUACUGAUUCAUUGUGUUUACAACGCUUACAAAUUAUGUCAAUUGAGGGAAAUGAACUUAAAGCCAACAUUCAUUUUAACCGUUUAAUGAAAGCAAACUGGUCACCUGAAUUUGGUGAUGUUCAAAAUAUUUUAUGCAAAUGGGGAGCCGAUUUGGAUAUUCUAAGUAGUGAUCCAUCAUUAAGAUAUCAAAACAUUGGGCGGCAUAAUUUUGAAUUAGUAAUAACAUUCAUAUCUCAGAAUAUAUUAAAAAAUAGUAAGAAAUUUAGUGUUGCCGAAUUGCUAACGAUAGCUAAGUAUAUGGUUACAAUAUCUUUUGAUCAUCUGUUGGGACAAAUGAUAAAUGUGAUUAAAAGAUUAUUUAGUGUUUGUAUUGAAACGGCAUUAGAAGAAGACAAUGGUACUAAUAUUAUGUCAUUUGCUCAAGAAUUGUAUUCAAAACACAAUGAAUAUGAUGAUGUAUUAAAUAUUAUGAUUGUGGAUUUAUUUUUACCCUUGAGCGGACCAACAAUGAAAAAAAUGUAUACUUACUUAACAUAUAAACUAUACAAGUCACUUUUAGGAAAAACUGAUGAUACGAAUGCAUUUCCAUCUAGCAUAAAACAAUGGUUUGUACAAGAUUUGGUGGAUAAUAAUUAUUUCAAAACAAAUCCAAAAAAGGUAUCUAGUGUUAUUAAAUUAUUAGAACAUGUCGUAAUUAUAUUUGAUUUAUACGAAGAAGAAGAAAAACUGAAUAAUAUGUAUAAUUUUUUGAACGCCACAGUCAAACGAAAUGGAUUGUCAGAUUCUCUAAAACUCAUUAAUAUUUUGGACCAAUGGAGAUUGCGGUUAUUCCGUAUACAUGUCAACCGCAAAACU